CGCCACGUUUAACGCCUCCCGCACUAUCCCGCUUUGAAAGCGCCGUUACACCCCGUUUUACUUGGAAACCUCUUGAGUUCGGACCUGCAUAUCAGUCAUGUUGAAGCCUAAGGGCAGAUCGUUAUAAAAAUUUAACGUGAGCACUAGUCAUCCAUUAUGUGUGGUGAGCAUCAGGGUCUCCGAGAGCUCAGACGAGGCCCGGGCCAUUUCACAUUUUGAGGCCAACACAUUGUUUGGGAAGAGGGGUAAAACAUAUUUUAACGUUAAGAAUGACAAGAUGGGAAGAAUAAGGCGGGCAUUUUGAAACUCCUAAAGAAUGGUAGGUUCAUUUAUUUCAGUGCUGUGGACUUUAGACGAGAAUCACACAGUAUAUGGUAAGUGGAGGACCAUGCACCCUGGGCUGAGGUGAGGCCCGGGCCAAAUGGCUCUGCUGCCCCCCCUUCUCUUGUAGGUCCUGGUGAGCAUAUUGGUGCACUUUGGCUGCUGUCUUCAUUAUCUGUAAGCGUUUUGAGAACUGACAGGGAAGCGCUAUGUAAGUGUUAGGACUGUUUGUUUAUUUUGUGGUGUUAUUACUGUGUGCGCCCCGGUAAGCGGUGGUUGACGAGACUUCAGCUGUCGGAAAAUAAUGCGCCCGCGUCUUAUCCUACUGUUCCUCCACCGCUAGGUGGAGCCGUAGCGCUGCGCAGAGCUGGUCUCCGCACGAGAAAUCGAUCGAGGUGAGCUUCUGGGUGUUCAAGUGUCGUUGAUUUUUUUAAUGUAUGAUGCUUUCGAUUAAAAAAAAACAGCGUUUGGAUUAUAGUAAGAUGAACCUUAACAAUGCAAUUUAACAGUAAACUUCCACGUGGUAUCGGAAAAACGGCCGGGCUUAAGUCUUGAGUACCUCUUGAAGAGGUAUCGGCUUGUCUUCAACGGUCUGGCUCUGAGGAGGGGCGCGGGCGGAAAUCUUAGCUGCAUCAUUUGAUUUGAAAGUUGAAAUUAUUUUUAUUUUUCCAUUUGGUGGGAGCAGUUGCGUUAAAUUAUCCCCCCUGGGGAUGAAUAAGGUAUUUUGAAAUGAGUUGAAUAGCACAUUCCCACACAAUACUCGACACCAGUUUUACAUUCUCAACUGUUCCCUGUUUAGUUACAGUUGAGAGGUGAAUUUCGGGGAGUGUGGAACAACAUGCCACCCCGUCUUGCCGUUGAAGCCGACACCCUGGCUUCCUUCAGGAAACGGCGGGAUGAGAUUCAGGAUCAAUUAACUGCUGACUAGCACACAGGUCCUACGGACCGACCGGCCUCCUCUCGUUCGUAACUUUUCUUCUGUUCUUGAACACUUCUAACUUUCCACCGUUACUCAACUGCCAGAAAGACUAGUAAGCCAGCGGCACUGCUGAAUGGCGUGACAGCCCUAGAGGGACACAGCUCGUAAUCGAGCUCACCUGAAUGUGGUGUGUGUGUGUGAAAUUCACCCCGUCCUUCUUUUAAAAUAAAUCACCGGAGAGAAAAAAAAAACGGACUCCGAAGCCGCAGCCUCUAUAAAGAAGUGAGAACGAUCGCAUUCAGAGCGACGCUUCCGCAAUACACCUGUGGCCAAUUCCACGCCGCGCCACGCUGGCUUGUACCAGUCGGAAGCUGUUCUUGAACCCGUCGCGCUGCCGUGCUUAGGUGCGUCGCCAUCGCUACAGAACCAAAUGCACCAGCAAGUGGAGUAAAGUAUACUGGUGCCUCCUGCUGGGACUGGCACCGACCGGAUCGGACAAGGGGACACUUGCUUCGGCUACUGGUGUCCCUCACAAACCAAGGACCGUGGAACACGAGGGACACUCUCAUCCGGCACAGCACCGAGUGGGGAGCGAGGGAGCUGGAGGAGAGGAUCCUUAUGGACCUCAGAGGGAGGGUGAAGUGCGACAUCCCCAGCUGGAGCUUCUCAAUGGACAGGGAGUGCAGGAAGGGACUGUGGGCCCUGUACAGGGACUAAAGUGGAAAUUCCCUGUUCCCUGAGCUCCUGCUCCACAGUUUCAGAGCCGGGCCAGGGAAAUGGCCAAAAGCAAGCGGUAGGGCUUGGAGGAACUCUUUCAUUGUGCAAAUCUGCCCCCGUCAGCCACUUGCAAUGAUUGAUAAAGGACAAUCACCUGAUUGAGAAAGUUCUUACUUGAUGGCACUGUGUUGAGUUGCCAUGGCAAGUAAUGGACUGAGCGAGGGAGCCACAUGAGCAGCCUUGACUGGAGUCGAAGCACUUUACAGCCGCCUGGGAGAAACCCUGGCAGGGCUGGUGCUUGAUUCUACCCGAUGCGCACCACUUGUCACCUGGCAGAGACUGCUGGCCACACCCGCGACCAUGACAGGGAGAGCUUGAAGGAAAUCGGGUGCCAUCUUUAAAGGGACAGGUGUAGCUGUCUUCAUGGAAUUGUGUUGUUUUUUUGUCGAUGAAAGCAUUGGAUCCAUUGGACUCGAGUCUGAUACUAAAUGAGCACAAGGGUUCCCUUUGGGCCAGUACCCCUGCAGAGCCCUGGGCUGAACCUGUCUGUGAUGGAGAGGGUGAUGAGUUAAUGGAUCUCAGCAGCUCAGACUCCCCAGUUUCAGAUGUGGCUGUGUGGCAGCUGGAGUCUCUUCCAGGGGGCUCACCCAGGUCAGGUGUGUGAGCUCAUUUGCACAGGCUGGCGUGGCAAAGUGCCUCAAUAUUGAAUUGGGCGUAGGCACCCCACCCACAUCCUCGCUCUGUUGGAAAUCACGCCCACAUGCCCGGUGGGUGACGCUGGACAGGGAUUUGGCACCUCCCAGCCAACCUGUAUCCCACAACAGGUCCUGCCAUGUGAGCCACUGUGCCCCGUGCUGGGAGGGGUCUCCAGUCAUGCUGGGGUACAGGGGAUCCAGUCUGCUCAGUCUUCCGUCUGUCGGGGCCACCUGGGCACCCACAUCCUGCGCCCGAUGAGCUCGUCCUCCACGCAGACACGGAGGAGGUGAAGUGCUCAAAAACCGCAGGACCGUUCCCGAGCGUUCAGCUCAGCACGGGGCCUGUCGGCACUCUGGCACCCCGAGACGCCAAGGUGCAGCGACUCCUACAAAGCCCCCCGAGAGAGAAGGGGGGUUAGUCUGGAGUUUCUCAGUCCUGGGGGGGGGGAAAGGGCCAGACAGGGCGCUGACUCCCACCCGCCAGAGCCGGAGCGCGAUGAAGCAUCAGCUGAGAGGAGGCUGAUUUCCGCGGAGUGAGGGAUGGUGGCUGGGUGGGGGGGGGGUGAGAGGGUGACGAAUGUGAAUGUGCCCGCGCUGGGGGGGCGCCCUGCGUCGGAAGUGAGUGACGAACGGCACUUAAUUACCGGGACGGGCUUUUUGCCUGCGUGCUGGAAGAUUUUCGGUCCAUUUCGCAGGAUUUAUCUGUUUAAUAAUCCUAAAAGUGCCGCUUCCCGGGAGCUCUGGGGACUCCCAGUCAGGGCUGAUGGACGCCGCCCCCCAGCCUCGCCGGCCCCCCGGGCCCCAGCAAAUGGCCACUGAAAGGGCUUAAGCUGAGGUGUGGGAUGGGGGAAGGCGGGGGUGGGGGUGGGGGUGGAGAGGAGCUCCCGAUGUCUUUUUUGUUCGGCGAACAUUACUCUAAUCCUGCUCGGGGGUCCCACGAGAGAGGCGUGUGUAUAUAAGGAGCGCGUGGGCUCGGCGGGAGCACUGGAGCAGCCCAGCCGGCACGAGGCAAGAGCGUCGCACCCGCGCAGCACCGAUCCGCAGGGCUCGUUCUUCCGGGAUGGACACGGCAGCCUGGGUGACCCUUCUGGGGCUGGUGCUGGCCGCGGCCGGCGUGGGCGGCGCGCUGAAGGAGGAAGGCCUGGAGUCGGCGGAAAACCUGCAGCGCCAGGAGGGGCAGAGCCUGACCGCGAGGCUGGCGGGGGUCUUGGUGCAGCUCGGGGUUCUGCAAGCAGGGGGGCACCUGCUGCUGGGGCUUCGUGUGAGAAGGGAGGAUGCAGACUGGACCGGGGCAGGAGUGUCCCGAACGGCUGCUGGCUGCGUGGUCCGACCCCGGCCCAGAGGGGCCAGUGCGUCUGUGGGUUUGCGAGACGCUCCGAGCCAGACGCUUGGAGCAGCUGGGAAACCUCUCCAGCUGGUUCGGAAUGAAAGCCUGCAGAGUCGUCGUCCCGUCCUGGGCUAAGCAGUGAACACAAGCCCCUCACUCGCUUACCCAACACGUCUCGUGAUUUAAGGUCUGAG